UCUUGUACGGGAUAAUAUCUUGUAGAUACCGUAAAUACUCCAUGCUUCUGGCACAUGACAAUUUUUCAGGUUAUAUUUUUGCUUUUUCCGGUGGAUUUGAAUUUUCAGUGAUAAUGUCAUCGAAGAAAAUAGAUCUCCUUUGAAUUCAUGCGUUUCUUUAAAAAAUUUUAAUGAGUGACGUAGGCGCUACCGAUAAUGCUAGCUCAAAAGCACCAGAGACUAAGGAUGAAUAUUACAAUCUCAAAGCGGGCCUUUUCUUAGCGUCUGUCACUGGCAUGUCUUUCGUGUUUGCAUUUGGAUCCCGUUUGGCAGCUGUGCGCAGAAAUGAUCCCGUUAGUUUUAGCAAAGGCAUGGUUCCUGAGAAGCCACUGGAAGUUUCAGGGAUAGAGCUUGCCACAAGAGCCCUGAGGUGGGGUACAUUUUAUGCUGUGACUGGCUGUGGAUUGAUUUUCUUUGGAAUAUGGACACUCUCAGGAGCCCACAAUAUGCAAGAGUUUAGGCAGACCAUGGGUAAUAUUCUACCCAAAAUACCAAAGAAUGAUCCUCCUCAGAGUCGAACGGAAUUUGAAGGCCUUAACGAUCUUCUCACUUAUUUGGCGACUGAUUUUUCUGGGCAGCCAAAAGAGGAUGGAAAAUAGUGUCUCCGCUGUUUAAUGAUAGUGAUAUGAAUGUCUUCACCUUUGACCUCUCAUUUUGUAUGUACUUUCUUUCUUUCUUUUCUGUUCAUUUUUGCCCUGUUUUGAUACUUUUCCCAAUUGUCUGUUUUGGGUAUAGAUAAAAGUUUGUAAAUAUAGUUUUGAAAACAGACAAUAAAUUUAUGAAACAUUUUAUUUA